AUGUCCAGUGGAUAUGAUAUGAGUAACUCUGUAGUGUCCAGUGGUUCCGUGGUUUAGAAUCAGAUGGUGAUCCAGAGGGGUUGAGCAUGACUCUAAAGAUGCUUGUUGUGAUGCAGUGUGUGGAUAUACGAAGACGGAUACAGUAUGGGCCUGGAUUUACGCUGUGUCAAUCAACUACAUUUUUGACAUUGCAAAUAUGUAUAUAUCCUCUCCUUAUCCUCUCCUGAGAGUAACCAAGUUGUUUUUCCCUCUACAGGUGGAGGAGAGAUCAGACAGGGACUUCCUGGAAAAGGUACGGGUCACCCUCCUGAUCUGAAACUCUGACUAGCUUUUAAUGUAUUAAAGAUGAAGUAUGGAAUAUAACUUUUGUGAAACAGACUUGAAGACGGCCCUGUCCUGUUUCCCCCCAGGGUUCCAGGACUGCCUCUACCCUCUCAGCAGCCACUCUAGCAUCGCUGGGCGGGCCCUCCUCUCGCAGAGGCAGCUGUGACACCUCCAUCUCAGUAGAGACAGAGGCCUCCAUUCGAGAGAUAAAGGUAGGACCAUAGAGAUACUUCUAUGAGUAGGACCAUACGGUAUAUCUGGGAAAGAGAUGGUCCAUGGUCUAAAGCAGUGGCGGCUCCUGAAAAAAUUCUAAGGAGGGGCAAUUUUUCUGAUGAUUUAGGUGACCUACACACAUUUUUAAAAAGAUAUGUCCAGCAACAACAUGAAGACAGGGCAGCCAUAUAAGUCAUACCAGAAGCAUUUAUUGACUGAUCUCAAAAGUGUUGGCUUACAAAAGCAAAAUAAGUUAUCACAGUAAAAAUAAUCAAGGGUGUUCUUUCACAUUCCUCAACACUGCAUAAACAAUAUGUAUGGCUUUGUAAAAAAUGAACAACCAUAUUCUGGCCAAUUGUAUAGAUUGUAAAUAUGAACAACCAUAUUCUGGCCAAUUGUAUAGAUUUGUAAAAAUGAACAUGAACAGAUUUUUUUAUUCCUCUUUUUAGUCAGCUUUAGAAUGUGUUCAUACACUUAUGAGCACCACUGUACAGUACACAUAGUAUAUAAAAUAAGAUAGAUUACACCACUGGCCAUAUAUAAUGACAAUAAUGUAAUUUCAAACACAAAUGCAGUCUCCUUUCAUGCAUACAUUUUCAAAUAAAGCUCUGCUUUGAGAAAGAUCGAAUGAUAUUGUUUAAUCUUUAUCUUACCUUAUGGCCUGCACACUGCUUGCGAAGCUGUCGAGGGCACGUUUGAUAAAGACAGCAUCGAUGUCCUUAUUCUGUAGCUUCUGGUACGGUGGGCUGGUCAAAUGAACCCAAUGAACCCGUCCGGAUGGCUUCAAAACAUUCUAUGAGGUCGUCUCGAUUCUCGUAGACAGUGUUCACGACUCUGCUGUUGCUAACCUCAUCGUUUGUGGCGGCGGACAGCUAGCCUGUAUCCCUCAUCCAGUUGAGUGGCAAUAUUCACUCUCACCAAAGCAGACAAUCUCAAACAGCUAUCAAUGUGGGUCUUUGACAGCUCAUUUUCUUAAUCUUUUCUGAAAGAUGGUGCAUGUCGGUUUACACCAGUCGCUGUCCAAGCGUUGCUGUCUGCCGUUCAUGGUUACGUUACGUUACGUAUGACGAAAGCGCGUAAGUGCAAGCCCUCAGACACCCAUAGAGAAUGUAUUGAAAGCUCAGAAAUUUGAAAAAAAAAUAUUUUACAUUAGAGGCUAUGAGAGACUUCUGGGCGAUUUUCAACCUGACUGAAAUCGCCCCAAAACGGGCGGGACAUUGAAGCACGACUUUAGCUGAUUGGACAUUUAGUGGCUGGCAGAUCAGACGUGAACACUGAACUACUGUUGCCAUGAUAUAAUUGAUUAGAAAAAAAAUCCCUUCCUUUUCCCGUUUGGCAGUGCGUCGCCCAUAUCGCCCUAUUGAACACACCGCCCAUGGUCUAAAGUCCAUGUUUUUAGAAUUGUUUUGUUUUGUCGACUCCAGAAACACUUCUGAUUAUUACAAUAAGUAUUCCACGGUUGAAGACGAACAACGUCUGCGUAGUUGUAUUUUAGAUAUGAACUGCUGUUUUGCUUUGUUUCUCCCCUGACCUCUCACUCCUCCACUGUUCUCCAUUUUGUCUCUCAACAGGACUCCCUGGUGGAGUCUGAGGAGAAGUACCGUAAGGCCAUGGUGUCCAACGCUCAGCUACACAACGAGAAGUCCAACCUCAUGUACCAGGUGGACACGCUGAAGGAGUCGCUCAUUGAGCUGGAGGAGCAGCUGUACGAGUCUAAACGAGAGUACAAUGACAAGGCCAAGGAGUUUGAGAGGGAGAGGCAUGCCCACAGUGUUCUGCAGCACCAGUUUAACCAGAUGAGAGAGACGCAAAAAAAGAGUGAAGAACUGCUAACCGUGAGUACUCAGGUCAUCGCAAAGACUUCCUGCUAACAACAAUACGGUAACAAAAGCAGUACUUCCACUCAGAACAUAACACUAACAUAGAUCUAACUUAGGUCUCUUGCCAAACUUGCUGUAGUUCCUUUUCCUGCUGCGUAAUCUCUGCAUGCUGAUUUUCCCUCCCUUCUCCUCUGUCCCUUCUCCUUCAUCUUGCUUUCGUCCCAUGGCCAGGAGGUGGGCCAGCUCCGUCUCAAACGGGACAGCUGUGUUAGGGAGAUCUCCGACCUGCAGGAGACCCUCGGGUGGAAGGAGAAAAAGAUUGGGGUACGCUUGCGGAAUAGAGGGUGAACCCCAAACCGUUAGCCGCAUCAUUGCUACAGGAAGUUCGACAGAAAAACGCUUCCAUUCCUCAGUCAGCUACUCAAGUUUAAUGCUCCAAACUAACCUAGACAUUUCCACUGUAUCUCCUUUUUCCCUCAAUGCUUCUCUCUGCCUUUACCAACUGUGUUAAUCCUUCCCUUCUUUACUCACUCCUCCUCCUCCUCCUCCUCCUCGGAUAUGGCUCAGGCCUUAGAGAGGCAGAGGGAAUUCUCGGACGCCGGCGUGCGGGAUGAGCGGGAUAAGCUCAGGGAUCAGGUGGUCCACCUCAAAGACACUCUGAAGGUACAGCAGAAGUACUGCUGAGUGAAGGUUUCCUCAUCAUGAGAUGGCCUCCAUCAAAGAUGGCCUCCAUGCACAUGUCAGCAAACACUAGAACAGUAGGAAGUUCUAAUAGGCAAAUUACUUUCUGAAAGAUUAUUCAGCUUUAUUUUGCUCAUUGUUCCCUCCCAAUCAGAAAAAUGGGAUAGUGCUGUCGCCUGAAGUAACCACCAAUGGGGAUGCAGGAGAGAUGAUUGACGGGCCUCUCAGUGCAGACUCUGCCUCCCGAUUGGCUCAGGAAUCCCAGCCAUCUCAUGGUGGGGAGAGCAUGCUUGGUAAGAAAAUGACCCACCGGUGCAAUUGCUCAUAUCUGAUCUCUGCUUAUUUACCACCAUCCUACUUUAAUCAGGUUGAAUGAUAUUGUGCAAUCAUGUUUUUUCAUCUCACUUGUCUUCUGUCAUUCAGAUGAAUCCCCGUUAGAAAUGUCAGGGUUAUGUUUGUGUUGCAUGUGAAUACUUGUUCUCCACAAUGGGAUACAAAACGAGGAUGGUUGGCUUUCUUUUUUCUGACGUCAUUGUUUUGCACUAUUGUCCUCCAUGGGAUAUUCAUCAUAAUGUUCAUUAAUCCUGUUGAGUAAGGUGUUGAUUCUGCAUUCUUCUAAUUCAGCCGUGAUCAAGGCCUUGAUUGUAUUCUCUCCAAAUGGCUCCAAAUUAAUUCCCCUCCAGCAAUCAUUCAAUUUCCGUGCUUGCACUCUGACGCUGAAGAAUGACCUGUGUUUGGCCCUCCAAUCUAUUCCCUGUGAUCUUCCAGGCAAAGCACCAGAGAUGCAGUUGGACCAUGGCGAGGUGAGGACACCAGGGGGAAGUAGACUUCUACAAGAGGCUGACAACUACUCACAUGACCAGGAGAGGGCACUACUGGAGGUAGAAUCUUCAGACAAGUUGAAGCAAGACAAGUUGAAUGACAGCCUGCAGCAACAAACAGACUCUGAAGCAGAGCAGUCCAAAUACUGUGACCAAGAGACCCAGGUGGAUGCUGUUGCACGUGAAGAAGCCAUUUUGGUGCAUUUUGGUGACAAAGAGACUCAGGUUGAAUAUGAAAUAGGGCAACCCCAAUACUGCGACACAGAAACCCUGGUUGGACCUGCUGAACUUGAGGAAGCCAUUUUGGUUCAAAAGGAAAAUACAGAUGGUGGCGGUGACAAUGGAGAUGGGGUGAAUCAAAGAGGUUUUGAACCAGAAUCUCUGGAACAGGCAGAGAAUGAGGAAAACAGUGGAGAAAGUGACAAGGAAGCUGUACCAGUCAGCGGUGGCACUGACGGACAAUGUGAGGAAAACACAAACCUUGAGAAUGGACGGGAAAACACAGAGCUUCUCACAGCUAUGUCUACUGACUUUGAAGAACAGGAAUUCUCUGGCCCAACUCUCUGUGUUGAGACAGAGGCCACUCUUAGUCAAAUCCAAAAUGAAUCUCAAAGUGACCUGCAAGGAGAGAACACCCAGGAGUAUGAUCCUGGGACUAAGGAUCAAGUCAUUCCAGAACACUCAAGGAUCACGGAAUCUGAGAUGAUUAAGAUGAUUCUGAGGAUUUCUGCAUUUCUAGGGGAGGCGAAGACCAGCACAGAUCAGAUCUCUCAGGGAUCAUUAAACGAUACAGAAAAAGUUGGGAUGAAGAACAAUCCAGAGCAUCCUCCAGAGCAUCAGGCAGAGAUUGGCCAAGUAACAGCAGAUGUUCCAGUAGAUAUCUCAUCUACAGUCUCUAAUGAACUGUUCAUCUCUGAAUGUCCUGAUGAGGUUGGAACCAAGACAGAUCAGCUCAUAAUAAACACGUUAAGUGAACUUGAGAAAGAUAGACAGCAUUCUCUAGAACUUCAGCAACCUGAGAAUGAUUAUUUCAGUACAGAAAGCUCUGUGGAAAUCGUGCCAAAGAUCAGAGACUCUGACGGACAGAAAAUAUCUGAGAGGGUUGAAGAGGUGGAGACGAGCUCAGUGGAGAGCAAGCCAGAUAAGUUCUGGCAGGAAUCUCUACGUGAUGUGAAGGAAGAUGAAGCAAAUAUUAAAGAGCUUCAGGCAAAGAAGCCCACAUCCACUAUCUCGGACGAAAAGGUAACACCUAUCAUAACAGAGGAGGGAAAUACUAGACUAGACGAACAGGUGAUCCCUGAUUUACCAGAGAGGUUAGAGAGCAGCUUAGAAAAGACCUUGCCAGGAGCUAAAGAUGAUCAGAAGAUGGAUGAAGCAGAAUCAAGGGAGAAACAAGGAUGUACGUGUAAAUGUACAUGUAAACAAUCCGAGAGUGAUCAAGUACUGACGGAAAACUCAGUGGAUGUAGAUCUAACUCAGGGGAUCACCAACUCUAGUGGAGAGGCUAUCUCUGACAGGACAGAGGAGGUAGAGCCCAGUCCAGACAGGAUCCAGUCAGAAUCACCCAGUUGUGUAGAGAGAGAAGAGGGGAACAUCUAUGAGGAGAACAUCCAUGAGGAGAACCUCCAGCAGGAAGCCAUUCAGGAGGAGCAACAGACAGAACAGGGGGAGGCUUCAACAAGUUUGCCAGCAGGGGGAGACUAUGAGCUAAACGAUGGGGCCUCCGCUGGAUAUUUAGACAGUUGUGAAGAAGCCGUUCUACUUGUGGAAGAGGAGGAAGCCAAUCUACUUGUAGAAGAAGAGCACAUCAGCUCCUCACCCGGACCCUCAGCAGUUGGCCAAGAGAUACAGCCAUUACCUGAGGCAGCGGAGGAGGAGAGAGAGCGCCCCCCAGUGGAAGAAGCCCAGAAACAGGAGAGCGUUGUAGGAAAGGGACUAAACUGGGGCAGUAGAAAGGGCAAGGGCAAAGAUCCUUGCAAAGUCUCCUAGUUUCAAGAAACCCAAUCUAAGACUUGUAGCUUCUACAUCAGGAUUCCCCAACUGGCGGCCCGCGGGGGAUUUUAUUUGGUCGGCCAUGUUUCCGAGCGUAAGACUGUAAAAACGCCAGCAAAUCAGCUCCAAGUGAUUUUAAUUUAGGAAAUCUGUUCCAAAGUAUUCCCAUGCAUAAUAGAGAGAUACAGUGGGGGGAAAAAGUAUUUAGUCAGCCACCAAUUGUGCAAGUUCUCCCACUUAAAAAGAUCAGAGAGGCCUGUAAUUUUCAUCAUAGGUACACGUCAACUAUGACAGACAAAUUGAGAAGAAUAAAAAUCCAGAAAAUCACAUUGUAGGAUUUUUAAUGAAUUUAUUUGCAGAUUAUGGUGGAAAAUAAGUAUUUGGUCACCUACAAACAAGCAAGAUUUCUGGCUCUCACAGACCUGUAACUUCUUCUUUAAGAGGCUCCUCUGUCCUCCACUCGUUACCUGUAUAAUGGCACCUGUUUGAACUUGUUAUCAGUAUAAAAGACACCUGUCCACAACCUCAAACAGUCACACUCCAACUCCACUAUGCCAAGCCCAAAAGAGCUGUCAAAGGACACCAGAAACAAAACUGUAGACCUGCACCAGGCUGGGAAGACUGAAUCUGCAAUAGGUAAGCAGCUUGGUUUGAAGAAAUCAACUGUGGGAGCAAUUAUUAGGAAAUGGAAGACAUACAAGACCACUGAUAAUCUCCCUCGAUCUGGGGCUCCACGCAUGAUCUCACCCCGUGGGGUCAAAAUGAUCACAAGAACGGUGAGCAAAAAUCCCAGAACCACACUGGGGGACCUAGUGAAUGACCUGCAGAGAGCUGGGACCAAAGUAACAAAGCCUACCAUCAGUAACACACUAUGCCGCCAGGGACUCAAAUCCUGCAGUGCCAGACGUGUCCCCCUGCUUAAGCCAGUACAUGUCCAGGCCCGUCUGAAGUUUGCUAGAGUGCAUUUGGAUGAUCCAGAAGAGGAUUGGGAGAAUGUCAUAUGGUCAGAUGAAACCAAAAUAGAACUUUUUGGUAAAAACUCAACUCGCCGUGUUUGGAGGACAAAGAAUGCUGAGUUGCAUCCAAAGAACACCAUACCUACUGUGAAUCAUGGGGGUGUAAACAUCAUGCUUUGGGGCUGUUUUUCUGCAAAGGGACCAGGACGACUGAUCCGUGUAAAGGAAAGAAUGAAUGGGGCCAUGUAUCGUGAGAUUUUGAGUGAAAACCUCCUUCCAUCAGCAAGGGCAUUGAAGAUGAAACGUGGCUGGGUCUUUCAGCAUGACAACGAUCCCAAACACACCGCCCGGGCAACGAAGGAGUGGCUUCGUAAGAAGCAUUUCAAGGUCCUGGAGUGGCCUAGCCAGUCUCCAGAUCUCAACCCCAUAGAAAAUCUUUGGAGGGAGUUGAAAGUCUGUGUUGCCCAUCGACAGCCCCAAAACAUCACUGCUCUAGAGGAGAUCUGCAUGGAGGAAUGGGCCAAAAUACCAGCAACAGUCUGAGAAAACCUUGUGAAGACUUACAGAAAACGUUUGACCUGUGUCAUUGCCAACAAAGGGUAUAUAACAAAGUAUUGAGAAACUUUUGUUAUUGACCAAAUACUUAUUUUCCACUUGUGAUUGUAAACAAAUGUAAGCAAGGUUUGAAAGGAUUGUUUUAGUCAAAUAUUUGCAGUCUACAAAUGAUUUGUCAUUAUGUCAUGGCCACCUGACCAUCUGCUCAAGACAAACAUCUAGUUGAUGAUCUCUGUAUUCUCAGAGUGUUAUUUGAUGUGUAAUAGAAUACUGACUGGGGUUGCACCCAGUCUCUGUGGGCUUCUUUCUUUUACUCAAAGGAAUUACAUGUUUUAUUUAAUGCCUUAUUUAGUGCCUUGAAUAAAUUAACCAUGUUGAAGAGCGAUUGAUUUUGUUCUAUUUUUGCACUAUUGCAUACCGUCACUGAUUCCUGGGUUCCAUAAAACCUCACCAAGCUUCCAUUUAUGCACAGGGGGUAGGAUUAUAUUACACAAAUUCUGUGUUAUUCAUGUCAGAUUUUUACGUGCAACAUACUAGAUAACAAUUACAUGAUUAAAUAUGUAAUAAGUGUGAGAAUAUAGCGGCAUAUCAAUCCCAUAGCAUGUUAUCUCCACUCAUUUGUAUGUGUCAGCUCUCUUAAACUCUUUCCAUCCAGAAUCACGGUCCCUCCAACAUAUUGCAGUGGUAAGCAACUGUGUUCAUGCUCGGGUUUUCAAUCAACUGCAGAUUGUGAUCAGUUGGUUAGAAAUGUAAAUAAUUGCAAUGAAUUAAGUAUAAUAUAAUAAAAAUAUAUUUAAAUUACACUGAUUCUGGGUAAUUCAAUACAAUUUGUUUAAUGUGUUUAAAAAAAACAAUAUAGAUUAGAAACAAAAACCUGUUAAUUGAACAGUUGUGGUAAAUGUUGAUGUACAAACUACCCGAUUACUGACCAACUAUUAGAAUUUCAUGCUGUUGAUUAAAAGUAAUCUUGUCUGUUUUUAUUGCAGAGCUCAGACUGAGGAAAAUAGUUGAUGAGAGGGAGAGUUUAGCUGAUCAGGUGAAGAGGCUGAAGUCUCAGCUGGAGGGGAAACAGAGGAACGGGACAGAGGGUUUGAGUCCUGAGGAGGACGGACUUGAGAACGGCAUGGACCCCCACAUCCUCGACUUACAGAGUGAGUCACAUUUCUCGUUUACUAAGACAGAUCUAGCCUUUCUUUUACCUGGCUGUCUCCCUAGUGCACUUUGUCAAGUGUGUGAGUGUAGUGUAUAUUAUGCAAACCUAUACAACAAUAUUUGACUGACCUGCUUCUAUCUUUUUAUUUUCUUCUACAGGGGAUGCCAACCGGCAAAUCAGUGACCUCAAGUUUAAACUGGUCAAAUCAGAACAGGAAGUCACAGCCCUAGAACAGAAUGUAAGUACCAUUUUAGUUCCUAGACAGAGGAAGACAUCUAUGACUAUAUCCAUGACCAAUCACGUUCCUCAUGGUAAAUGUAAGAAAAUAAGCAGUAUCUUCUACAGUGUUUGUUGGAGACUAUUGACCAUUUGCUCCACUAGGAGCUACACAGAAUAUGUCAAGUAAGUCACGUGUAUAGUCUAGUAUGAGGCUUAUCACAUUUCUUCUACCAAUCCAUUUAUUCACCCCCUCAUUUCUCUCUUGGCCAGAUCAUCCGGUUGGAGGGUCAGGUGACUCGCUACAAGUCGGCCUCUGAGAGCGCAGAGAAAGUAGAGGACGAGCUCAAAGUGGAGAAACGCAAGCUACAGAGAGAGGUAGGCUACUAUAAUGUCGGGUUUGCAAAAACAACCAAAGAAUCACAGAAAACCCUCAAAUCAUUGGGUCAUAUGUAGUAUGUCAACCCCACAUUUUUUUUGGUCAUCAGUGCUGGGUUUAUAACCAUGCAGGAAGUCUACGCCAUGUAUACGUUGUUGCCUUUGGGUUGCCUCUCCCCUCUCAAACAACUCUAACUUUUUUCUCUCCGUUCUCUCUAGCUGAGGUCUGCCCUGGACAGGAUCGAUGAGCUGGAGGCCAGUAACAGCCACCUGGCCAAGCGCCUGGAGAAGAUGAAGGCUAAUCGGAGCGCCCUAUUGGCCCAGCAGUGAUGUACUUAUUGGUUGUCAUGGCUAUGUGCAUCUCUGACCUCCCUACGACCUUUGAUCUAUCAGGCACUCUAAUAACACACACCCAGACAAUUCAAACCAAGCGAGGACUUGCUGGAGCAAAAGCUUCAAUUAGAUAAAUCCACACAUAUUGUAAUCACAGUUCAUUCAGUGUUGUGCCCAUCUGUACAGUAUAUAGAACAACAGCAAUCCAGUGAUUCACCAAGAGACUCAGAGAAACCGAGGGAACGUCUUACUGACCCUGGGAACACUCCUCACUGACUGCGACCUGGGCUGGACUCCUCAACUAACUUGUGAAGGGGGAAUAUUCUGCACAAACGGACAGCAAAGAGGACCUAUCCUCCUCCUAUAGCUCUUAAGAGGACCUAUCCUCCUCCUAUAGCUCUUAAGUCACCCUGUGCCAUGAUGACCCCUAAAGCAUCUCUUCCCAAUCAUUAAUCUCUCUCUGUUCUCUGUGCUACUUGGGGUCCAUGUCUGCUCCAGCAAGCUUAUCUAUCCACGGAGAGGAGGAAAGACUUAAAAGGCAGGAAUGGACUGGUGUGUGUUUCAUGUAUAUUCUUAUUUUAUUGUCGAUAUAUAUAUAUAUAUAUAUAUAUAUAAGUGAAAAUGCACUCUGCUCCCUCCUGUCCCCCAAGCCAAACUCUGAUGUUAAUGUGUAAGGUGAUGUUUAUUUUUAUGUUGUAUAUGUGUGUGUCUCCAUAGGUAUGUGUCAUGUACGUCAGAUGGGUGAAAAUACACCUGGCACAACAUUAAUUAAGCAAU